AUGGAUUCUGCUAAUAGCAGUAGCAUGCAAUCCUCGAGCGGCGGAGACGAGGAGUACGAGUCACGCACCGAUCAGUCUAUCUCGGCUUUUCUCGACCACCACCACCACCAGCACCUCUCCAAUGCUCCGCCGCCGCCGGAGUUACUCCACUUUAAUAACCCUUUUCUAUCUAACUACUUCGACAACAAUCCCUUGUCGUCAUCGUCGUCGUCGUACACGUUCUUGACACAAAACCCAUCAUCAAGACCCGACCCGACCACUUCCCAACCCAUCACGGCAUCGCUUCCUCCUCCUCCUCCUCCUCCUCCUCCUCCUCCUCACAGCAACAUCAACAAUAGCAACAGCAACAGCAAUAUGGGAGUGGUAAAGAGAUCGAAGAAGAGGACGAGAGCAUCAAGAAGAGCACCGACGACAGUUCUAACGACCGACACUUCGAAUUUCAGAGCCAUGGUUCAAGAAUUCACAGGGAUCCCAGCUCCUCCUUUGUUCUCCAACGACGUCGUCAACACGAGGCUCAACACCUUCCUCGGCCUGUCUCCGUCUCCAUCGUCUUUGUCGUCGACUUCUUACAACCUCCUGUUACGACCCUUCGCUCAGAAACUCGUCCCGACAUCUCCUCUGCUCUCUUCCCUGUCUUCUUCUUCCUCCGACGCUGUCUUGAGGACUUCCAUCAACAAUAAUCAGCUUCAUCACUGUUCUUCCGGUGAUGUUUUCCGGAACAUUCACUUGCAGUCUCUCCUACAAGUUCCGGACACAAACACAAACCCUAGGAGUGAUCAUCGUAAUGUUUUCACGGAGGAGUUUGGUCUUGGCGGAUUGCAGAGCAGGGAUCCGCCAUCGACUUUGACGAACAAAGACGGUGAUAAUGGAGGUUAUGGUGAUUCUGAUCACCAUGAUGAAAAUCCUCUGAGAUUGAUCGCUGAAAAUGGCGAUAGUGAGGGAAUGGAGAAUCCGACAGCUCCGAGGAACGAAGGUAUGGUCGAAUCUUGGUUAUGUUCUUCUACUGACCAAAGAACAUGA